AUGGCCUCUUGUACAAACUCGUCAGCUGAUGAUCUUGCAACGAAACAUGAGAAAACGAUUAUUAUACCACCAUCGAUCUUAGCUAAGACAGACACACCCAUUGUGGUUAUUCUGACUCAAGAAUUGGAUAAUACGUACGCUGAUGAUUAUUUGAGAUUUUCUGUCGAUCAGCUAGUUUCCAAGUUUCAGAUGCUUGGUGCUCAUGCGAUAGCAACGCCAUGGUCUACGACACCUCUUGCUCUUGACUCAUCUUGGUCUUCGAUUCGCUAUGUGGCCAAUCUUGCUUGGGGCUAUCAUACCGUCGUAGAUCGUUGGGAAGCAUGGCUUCAUGCUUGGCCAAAAGAUGCUGGUAUUCCAAUCGUUCCAACGCUGUACGUCGAUCGGAUCGAUGAGAAAACACUGAUCGAUGCUGCAGCACAUUUUGCUACUGCUGAUCUUAUCAUCAAACCUCAAGUAGCAGCAUCUAGUUUUAAUAUAUUACGCGUUUUGGUUGGCAGUUCGGACUUUACUUCAUCACCAAAAUCAAUGAAUGCCACUGCAGCAGUUGAUGAAUUAAUCCGGUUGGGUAUCGCUCAUUCAGCAGCGAUGAUUCAACCAUUCAUGUCAAAUGUUGUUCGCGAAGGUGAACUGUCAGUACUCAUGUUUGAUGGACAAUUGAGUCACGCAGUUCGAAAAAUUGCAUCGCCCGCCGAUUAUCGCGUACAAUUUGAAUAUGGUGGUAUUACAUCUACUGUAGAUCAACCUUCAGCUGAAAUGCUCGAACUAGCUCAUGCUUCGCUAGCUAUUUGUCCUGAAACUCCUACCUAUGUACGUGUCGAUAUGAUACGUAAUCACCUGACUGGACGCUUGAAUAUUAUGGAGCUUGAACUUAUCGAACCAGAUUUGUUUUUGAGAUAUGCAGUCGAUGGAGGCAUGGCAUUUGCACGUGCCAUCUUGCAAGUUCGUUCUCAAAAUUGA